CAGACCGCCUUCAUCUUCCUCACCUUGUUCCAACCACCGCGUUCCUCCUCCUCCUCCAAUCACCGCACGCCCGCUGCUGCAAUGGCCCUCUCUAUCUGGGUACCACUUGGCUAUAUUGGCGUCCUCUUCCUCUCCCUCUCCCUCUUCUCGUCCGUCUAUCGCAAACGCUCAGCCAAGAAUCUUGCAAAGGGUUCCUCGGAGCCUUGGUUCCCUGAAGGCCAUCCGGAUCGAGAUGUAUACCAGUCCUUGGUAGCAGCAGCUGCGCAAGGUCAAAAAGUGUCGGAUGAUGUGCUCAAGGGAGCUUUGCUGGCGAGGGCGAUGACGGAUGUCAAGCGCAUAAUGCAGAUGCGCGACGACAAGCAGGCUUUGCAGGUGCUCCUCCAGAAGGGAAGCAUUGGUGAUGAGACGACGGCUCGGUUCGCCUUGGCAGAAAAGGAGCUCGAGGCAGAGAUUCUCGACGUGGUCAGCGAGGCAAACACUUUCAGGGAGGGAUGGGGUCAGAUCAUCUUCCCGUCAGCGAGCGAGAUGGUCACGCAUAUGAAGCACAAGGAGAUCUACUAUAGCAUUGUCUCAGAGAGGAAGAAGCAGGUUGAAAUUCUUACCAACCUGGGUAAACCUGUUCCCAAGCCGACGAUUACCCUGCCGCCCCUCUUCACACCGCCGGGUACCAGCGUCACCAUCCAAGCGCCUCAGCAACAGCAGCAACAGCAACAACAACAAGGCCAAAUACCACCUCAAGUCGCAGCGCAGCUCGCUCAGCUUCAGGCAGCAGCAGCUGCGCAACAGCAACAACAGGCGGCAGCUCAGAAGAAGCCACUUGGCCCAGCUAAGCCUCCGACGACUUCAUCUGCAGCCGCGGGCAACAAUGAGAAGGCCGCAAAGAUGACAACUGUGGAGGACACUGAUGGCGACGAGGUGAGUACACGUGGCAUUUCGCACUCUUUUCCAUUCUCUCAUUACUUUCUCUCCACGCUCUCUGCGUCCGUCAUUCAAUUCUCAGUAACAUCUUCUAGCUCAUGAGCUCAGUAGAUUGGACACUUCACUCCUUCAUCAUCAUGCUGCGGGCGUGGGCGCUCAUCUGACCUUUCACUGUCUGUUUGGCAG